AUGUCGUUCAAGUACGAGUUUGCCAAAUACAUCAAGAACCCGGGCUCGUGUCCGGGGCUGCUCUUUCACGAUGACAACGCACUUAUCAUCAAAGACUUGUAUCCCAAGAGUCUGGUUCACUAUCUCGUGAUUCCAAUAGAGAAGACUCUCGAGAGACCUCAGGAGGCCUUUGCAGACGACGAGUUCCGGAAAAAAAUGGAGAAAUACAUCGACAAGGCGCGCGAGAUGGUGGUAUCCAACUGGCCACAGCAUUAUGCCGUCCCUGGUGGUGAAAUUUCAGACUAUAUCCAGGUGUGCUGCCAUUCUAUCCCGUCAAUGGCUAAUUUGCACAUCCAUGUGAUGACCAAGGACCUGUGCAGCGAGCGGGUGAAAAACAAAAAACACUACAACAGCUUUGCAACGCAAUUUGCGAUCCGAUGGGACGAGUUCCCGCUGGCAGCAGACGACCCGCGCUGGAAGGAGGAGUAUUGCAAGACGCUGCUCAAACAGGACCUGGUGCACGGAGGAAUAAACUACGGCAGCUCUUUCAAACGGCUGCGUGAGGAAUUGGACCGCAAACGGGCCCGCAUCGUCUACGGGAAAAAACGCAGGUCGUCGCACUAG